AAUGUAUACAGACGACCCGGAAGUGAAUGCCACGUCCGUUUUUACACGAUUUACGGUUUUACCGGCAAGAAUUUAUUUUAAACGGGUUAACGGCCAAUAAUUAAAACAUUUCGCAUUGUUCAGUCAAAUUAUAGAAAUGGUCUCCGUCAUCAACUCGAUAGACACCUCACACGAGGACAUGAUUCAUGAUGCUCAGCUGGAUUACUAUGGAACGAAGCUAGCCACUUGUUCAUCGGACCGAUCCAUCAAAAUAUUUGAUGUCAAAGGCGGGCAGCAGACGUUAAUAACAGAACUCAGGGGUCACGACGGACCUGUAUGGCAGCUUGCCUGGGCUCACCCUAUGUUUGGAAAUUUGAUUGCUUCAUGCAGUUAUGAUAGAAAGGUUAUCAUCUGGAAAGAGACAAAUGGAUCAUGGGGAAAGCUCUACGAAUAUCAGAACCACGACUCCUCAGUGAACUCUGUGAACUUUGCCCCUCAUGAGUUUGGCCUCCUGUUGGCAUGUGGGAGUUCUGAUGGUUCCAUCUCCAUCAUAUCCAGCUCAGGAGAUGGAACAUGGGAUGCUAAGAAAAUACCCAAUGCCCAUUCUAUCGGGUGUAAUGCAGUAAGCUGGGCCCCGCCCAUCAACCCAGGAGAUUUAUUGGAUCCUUCAGGACGACAUCAGCCAAUCAAACAGCUUGUCUCUGGGGGCUGUGACAACCUCGUCAAAAUCUGGAAAGAGGAGGAUGGGCAGUGGAAAGAGGACCAGAAACUUGAAGGUCACAGCGACUGGGUCAGAGACGUUGCCUGGGCACCCAGUAUAGGUCUGCCCAAAAGCAUUAUAGCAAGUUGUUCACAGGAUUUGAGGGUCAUCAUCUGGAUGAAUGAUGGUAAUGGGUGGACACAGAAAGUGUUAAACAAAUUUAAUGAUGUAAUCUGGCAUCUCAGCUGGUCAAUCACGGGCAAUAUACUGGCUACAUCAGGAGGAGACAACAAGGUCAGCCUGUGGAAGGAAACAUUAAAUGGCGACUGGGUGUGUAUCAGUGAUGUAAACAAAGGUCAAGGACAAAUAUCAGAUGGCCAGAGGUCGUUGUCAUAGUAAUGAGCAGCUGAUUUCUACAAGGCAAAUUUGUUCCGUUUUCCAUGUUCAUAGAUAAUUUACAGAAGCCAGGUUUGAGAGAGCAGAGGAGAAGCCUACGUCUCUGUUUCCUAGGAGUACAUCAGACAGUUUUAUUUAUGGCUAGCAGAGAAAUACUAGUCCGUAUGUUUAAGUCAGUGGUACACUAGUAUAAUGAGUUUCAUGUUCGUGGAAAACAAUGUGAAUUUUUUUUUAUAGAAAUGCUCUCUGUGUAAUGUAAGUCAGUCUGAAGUAGAUUGAUUAGAAAACAAUGUGAAUUUCUUUUUAUAGAAAUGCUCUCUGUGUAAUGUAAGUCCGUCUGAGUUAGUUUGAUUGGAAUUACAAUUCACCAUCACUCUCUGAUUCUCGAGCUACAGACAAACUAUAUCUGACGGGAAACUACCACUUUGUUGAAUUUUUGAAAAGGGAGAUAAUUCAAUUCUUCUACCUGUAAUGUAUAUAUCUACAUGUCACAGGAAAUUUUAAACUGUUUUGCUCCAGAAUCAAGUUAUUUCAGUUUUCAAAGCGCAUUGUAAAAUAUUUAGAAAUCUUUAAAUACAGAAAGCAGUUGACUUCAACAUUAACAACAUUAACCAUGUGGUACAAUUGUAUGUCGAGUGAAAGUUAUCGUAGAUGUCGGGUAAAUUUUAUCGUAAAUGUUGAGUGAAUUGUGAUGAGAGAUGAAUAAAAGUAAUCUUAAUAUACCUGUUUGUUGUGAGUUUAAAAUCUUGAUAUUACAUUAUAUGGUGGAUGCUCUGUGUAGUACCGUAUGUACUCGCCUAUCUGUCGGAAUUUUGGGAGUUAAAUUUUGGUCCAAAACUCUAUGUCCGACUUAUAGGAGUGUCCUUAGAAGAUUAGUAUUUUUCUGGAUGGCGUAAUGUAUAGCCUUGAGAGUAUUUUUUAAACAACAAAAACAUGGACGAAAUAAACAAAAUAGUAACUGUUUAAUUUGUUGAAAAUAAAAAGUGAAAUAUUGUUGUAAUAAUUAUCCCAAAACAUUGUUGGAACACAGAUAAAUACAUAAGAGUAUUGAUAUGAAAUUGAUUUGUUGGGAAAAAAAUAUCAAAUAUCGACGCAUUUCUCAAAAUGUUAUUUGAAACACCUGUAGGUAAAACCAUUAGAGCAUUGAUUUGAAAUUGUCAACCGAUUCUUGAAGAAAAUUAGACCGACUUAUAAAUGGGUCAAUGGCAAUUCUCUCCAAAAUAACCUAAAAACUAUACAACCGACUUAUAGGCGAAUAUAUAUGGUAUGUGACAGUGUGGCAAGAAUUCCAUUGUCAAUAGAAAGUAAGUUUUUUACUUGAUGGUCAAGCGGUCUAGCACCCUUGUUGCAUGCUAAUAGGAGAUGUGAUUCCACAGGUCGUGAGUUCAUCCCUGGACAGGGGCGGAAGUGGGUAUCCAAAUAGAUUGAGUUAAUUUUCUGUUUUUUAUAUUCAAUAUUUCUUCACUUGGGGUAGUUAUGUUUAUUUAAUCAUGAAAUUAAUCGAUGUGCACAAUAACUAUUUUAGAAAAAGCAAUUAUUUAAUAAAGGAUAUUUUCAACACAUCCACAA